AUGGAGAAAGAAUCGCUCCUACCGCAGACGGAAGAGCCCAUACCUCGCCAGGUGCCAGCCAAACGCUUCAGUCGCUACCAUGGUUUUGCUUUCGCGCUCGUCUUGGGGUUGUUCUGGCUAUCAGGCACAUGGAAAUGCGGGCAUCGCCACACACACAAGCACGCGCACGAGGACACAGCAUCAAUGGUACCACUAGAAAUACACAUCAUGUCAAAAUGCCCGGACGCACGCGACUGCAUAGAGAAGCUGGUCGUGCCUGCGAUGUCAAACGUGUCAGACAAGGUCGACUUCAAGCUGUCUUACAUUGGGAAAACCACCGAGGACGACGGCGUCCUAUGCAUGCACGGCCAGACUGAAUGCCUCGGAAAUAUCCUCGAGCUAUGCGCCGCUGCAGAAUAUCCAGACCCCAAGAUCUACCUAGGUUUCACAAGGUGCCUGUCGCUUCGAUACCAGGAGAUACCCGACACAAGCUUGAUCAAGGACUGUGCGCUGGAGUAUGGCAUAGAGUUUGAGAAGCUCAAUGAUUGCGCCAGCCGAGAUGAUGGGGCAUACGGGAUGGGUCUACUCCGAGACAGCGUGACGCGGAGCGCAGAACUAGGCGUGAAGACUAGCUGCACAGUUAGACUGAACGACAAGACACGGUGCGUGCGAGAUGGAGGCAAAUGGAAGGAUUGCGACGAUGGCAGCGACCCGGAGGAUCUGGUCAAAGACAUCAACAAGCUGUACGCUAAAGCACAAGGAUGGAUAUAUGUUUAA